AUGAAGGGAAUCACGAGGGUUCAGUGUGCCUGCUUGCUGCUGCUUCUGCUCUCUGCUGCUGUGCUCGCACAAACCUUUGAGGAGUUCAAAAAGGAACACAUCCUUCCAGAGGGGUCAAAAACAUGCAAUGACAUGAUGAAAAAGAUUAACAAAGAAAAUACAUGCAAGGCCAUAAAUACUUUCCUGAAAGAGAAGGUGGCCUCAAUUAAGGCUCUGUGUGAAGACAAAAAAAAUGAUACCAUCUCCCACACCUGUGACAUCAUUGACUGUAAGAGGACGAGUGAGGAACCUUGCAAAUACAAAAAUCUAGACCUCAAAGAUAAAAAGGUGACAAUAAAAUGUGAAAAUGGCCUGCCGGUGCACCUGGAGAAAGCCAAGCAUCAGGGUUUUUAA